AUGCAUUUCCUCGACACAUACCGUCCUUGGUCUUCGUGCGGCGUCAAGACAGGCCCUCGCUCCGCCCCUCGAUCGACUGUAUAUUCGAGCUGUCGCGACGUUCCAGACGGCGACAUCGACUCUACCCUCACCCACUGGGUAUGCUUUUGUGGAUGGUGCUGGCGUACGCACACAGAUAUCUGCCAGGAGCGUCGUAUGAGAAGAAUGAUCUUACGCCUGGCAAGUCUGCAAUACCGGCUGGCCGCAGCCUUUGCGACGGUGACGUUCUUCGGCUCUAUCGAGUCCUACCAAGAUGUGUCUGCUGGGAAGAUGAUCUUCUCGAGUCUUAUUGACGACUUGCCGGGGAGUAUACUACACCUGUACGACUUUGCUGUGCCAGCAGCUGAACAGACACCAAACUCAGUCGACCUGCCAGAACAGGUGCAGCUUCAGGCGUGCUGUGUCGAGAACUGUGUGGACUCUAUUGCAUUCACAUGCCAGGCGCUCGCCUAUGGGACUCAAGGUUUGUCUCUGAGAUUGCAGCUCGUUGCUCUCGGUAACCGACAAUUCACAGGUCUGUCCUUGAGGUUCCGUGAGAUGAGGCUUGAGCCCCGGUCAGUUCAGCACAUCUUAUUCCGACGAGAAAACGAUCUCGGGCCCUUCGCAGCACCGACGAAGCACCAUACUGUACUGGUGAUCUCUUCUGGCUCCAGCCAGGGUGAGCCUCUAGCUGCGGGUGAUGAGCGGUCCGAGGACUUCUGGUCCGUCCCGGGUAGCUUCGUGCUGGGCCCCACUUACUGGCAGUACAACUUUGAUACCACUGUCCGGGAAGCCACUGACUACCUGUGGACGCGAGUCAAGAAGACUGAUGGAGACCAUGUGUUGCACUUUGACACAAGUCUUCGGCGGCACGAAGAGGAGCGAGACCAAGGACAACCUCCUACGGAGCAGCAUCGUGCACUGUACCGGGAUGUCUGCCUGCAGGCAAUGGAUGAUGCUGUUUAUAGCGAGAUACAGCGGCAGGGCGGUAACCAAGCAUUCCUUGGAGGUCGUCACCAGGACUUCGUAUGUGUGCAGGAGGAGCUGCUGCUUGUCGUAGGCAUCGCUCUGGCAGAUGCCAGGGAGACGGCCGAUAACGUCUACUUUAACCCCAUUCAUGAAGACGGUCACGACACGACGAGAGUUAUGUGGGCUCUUGUCCGUCGAACCAGAACAAUCGGACACAUUAUCCUAUCAGCCGCGCUCCGAGAGAUUGGAGGCACGUGA